AAGGAAGGAAGCCAGGAAGCCCACUCUGUAUGGACCACUAAGCCCCUGUAAGCCUCGCUAAGCCACGCGCCUUAAGACAGGAAGUGAGGGGCGCGAGAGAAGGGAAGUGAAGGGAGUGAAGGAAGACACAGGAAGGGCGGGGCGGUUGUAGCAAAGGUCAGUGUAUUAAUAGCAAGAGGAAGGAAGGAAGGAAGGAAGGAAGUGGGAAGAUUGAAGGAAGACAUCAGGAAAGGAAGGAAUUGAGGCAGGUAAAGGUGUUGGCGAAGAAAACGUGACUUUUUGACACGUUCUCGGCUCAGGUGUGGUCUCCGCCUCUGCACUGCUGCCCACUCACCGCCACGAAGGUCACUGUGUCAACUUCCGAGCCAGGAGCAUGGAGGACAGCGUGGUGGUGUCCGCCACGCCCCUGCUCCUCACCCAGACCUCCACAGCCUCCCAGCGCUCCCUGCAGCAGCUCUCAGGGAGGGACUCAGAUGCCUGCAGGACGUGUGGAAUGCGACGUGGAUGGAGGGUGUGUUCUGCAAUGCCUCCUGGGACACACUGCACUGCUGGCCGCCAACCCCCGCAGGCCGCAUCGUGAAAGAAUCCUGUGCCAACGUGUUUAGUGACGUGCCAGCCCUCUUGGAUUACCCUGAUGCCGUGGCGUACCGGGAGUGUGGACUGAGUGGGACGUGGCUGCUCGGGGGCUGGACCAACUAUUCCCAGUGUCUCAACGUCAUAGAGCAACAGGCGGGCCCCUCACACGUCCUGGAGGCAGUGCGUUACAUCACCUUCAUCGGCGGCCUCCUCUCCCUCUUCACUCUCACAGCGACCAUCUUCAUCUUCUCCCACUACAGAGCCUUGGAGUGUGACCGCCUGAGGGUGCAUAGAAACCUGGUGGCGGCGCUCAUCAUAAGGUUCUUGGUGAUGCUGGUGCUGACGGAGCCCUUCGUGUCCCGCCGCUCCUCCUACACCUACAGAGACGUGGAUUGGCUGUGCAAGACGCUGCUGGCCCUCAGGAUGUACGCCCAGAUGGCCUCUAUCAACUGGAUGUUCGUGGAGGGCUUGUUCCUUCACUCCCGCCUCACCUCCAAUGUGUUCCACUCCAGGGCGCCCUUCCCGCUCUACUACACCAUCGGCUGGGGUGCACCUCUUGCAUUCAUCGUGGCCUGGGCUACAACCAUGGCCCUCCAGCACCCGGCCCAUUGCUGGCGAGGCUACAGCACCCUGUCCUACGUGUGGAUCCUGGUGGGGCCCAUGGUGGCCGCCCUCAUGGUCAACUUGGUAUUCCUGGUGAACAUCAUAAGGAUCUUGGUGACAAAGCUUCGUGCAAAUGACACCCUUGAGACGGAAAAAAUAAGCACACGAGGACACACUCCACAGUACCAGAGCUCUAAAGCUACCAGAGUCCAUCACAGGUUCAAGAGAGAGCCAUCUCAGUAUCACCAUACACUGAGGCAGCAGCAUCUGCCAAACAAUAACAGUCUCCAACCGGAGCAGAAGCACAGUGUCCUUGAGGAAGGCAGACUCCACAGGAACAGAUCAUGUCACACUGGCAAUGACAGUGGCUGGCACCACAACAGCCUCACUAAAGAAGUGGAGUCCACCACUCACAACAGAGAAAGCAGCCCUCUCCUUCGACAGGAGUCCCCACUCAAGCAGGCAGCACAGCAGAACCAAGGCAGCCACCUCCCUCGCAGACAGUUCACGGGGAGUCGUCGCUCCCUCCACACCAACAGCCUGCAGCACUACCCAUCAGUCGGUUAUGCUGCAAAUCGUCCUGAGUUUAACACAAGAAAAGCAAUACGGGCAACAGUGAUACUUUUCCCUCUGCUGGGCAUCACCAACCUGCUCUUCGCCGUCAACCCGGGCGGCAAGGGUGACCUGGAGAAUGCCUACAUGCUGACCAACGCCAUCCUGCAGUCCUCACAGGGCCUGUUUGUCUCUGUGUUCUACUGCUUCCUGAACACUGAGGUGCAGGAGCUGCUACGGAAGCGGUGGCGUCAGUACCGUACCCGCCAGCGGGACCGGCCCACAGGGGCACUGCGGGCCAGCACACGAUGCACACUGCUGCAGGAAAAGGCUCUUUCCCGGCAGCAGACACCCAGUCCACACCUCCAGCCCAAGGCCACCUGCAUCCAGGGCCUAGCCAACCCUGCCCUGGAGACCUCUGUGGUGUGACGACAGACACCUCUGUGAUGUGGAGAUCCUGGCUGAGGUGUGGUGCUGCUGCUGCUGUCCUCUGCACUGUGAUGUAGUAGUACCACCUUGGCCUCAAACUCCAUCCUUCAUCUGCUUCACUGAAUCUUUGGACAGUGAACUGAACCUUUAAUAUUGACUUAAAGUUGAGUUGAAAGAGUGGCAAAAAAACUGCAGAGAAAUAUCCAUGUUUGCAGACCACUUAACUACCUUUCCACCACAACCUUCCUUUGCCCACUCUAACUGGGGAACCCUAAUCUACAAGGCAAACUUACUGCUAAGUAUCAGCUUUUCAAUAUUGUUUUAUUUAUACAUUCUUCAGUCUUUUCCAUGAAUUAACUAUCAUGAAUAAUAUUGCCAGCUGGUCUGUGUGUUUGUAAGUAACUCGUGCAUUUACUUUUGGUGCAUUCAUUGUCAUGAACACUUAGACUUGAGUAGUGUGUGAAUGAAUUGUAUUGCACAGGACAGUCUAAAAGAAACUGUACAGUUCUGUGAACCUAACUGCAUCACCUUGUAACAGACACCAACCUUCAUUGCUUUCCAGCAACAGCUGAAACAGAGACAAUUCUUAAAAAUUUACAUAUUUCUUACUGAUUUGUGUAAAAAUUUAAUGGUUCGGAAUAGACAAAGUUGUUUUCCGGAGGAUUAUAUUUACUUAGGUGCUUCAGAAAAUGUGCAUUGAAUAUCACGUUAGUGACCUUUUGUGUUUUCUGCAUGUGUUCCGUGAGGUGUAUGUGAAGAGCGAUAAAUGUACUUCAAGAAAAUUAUAGUGUGCUUAUGAGAAUUUACAGCAGGAAGACUGAGCUGCUGCACAUAUAGAUUAACUGGGGGAGUAUUAAUCUAUAUGCAUUAUAGUUUUACUCUUAAUGCUAGUACUGGAGUGAUACAGAUUGCUGCAGUUCAGUUUAUGUUCAGAUCCAUCGGCAGCUGUCUCUCUGCUCUAAAGUCUCCUGCUCUGUGUGUGUGUGUGUGUGUGUGUGUGUGUGUGUGUGUGUGUGUGUGUGUGUGUGUGUGUGUGUGUGUGUGUGUGUGUGUGUGUGAUACUGGCAUAGUAUAGUGUCAGUAUGAGGUGAGAAUCAUGUAGAAUGACAGAAAUUGUACAGAAACAAUAAAAACUAACAUAA